GAGGUGAUCCAGGAUUUCGGGAAGAGGAGAGGACGGGGAGACAUCACCCACACACUGAGCGACAACCAUGCAGACACUCGGGGUCCCUGUUGUGCUGCUCUGGCUCAUCUGGGGCCACUCCUGCGCUCUCGGCGGAAAAGUGAACAAGCACAAGCCGUGGAUAGAAACAUCAUACCAUGGUGUGAUCACAGAGAACAUGGACACGGUGCUGCUGGACCCUCCGCUGGUAGCUCUAGACAAGGAUGCCCCAGUCCCCUAUGCUGGGGAGAUUUGUGCCUUUAAGAUCUAUGGUCAAGAUGCUCCGUUCGAGGCAGUUGUGUUGAAUCGCACAUCAGGAGAAGGAGUCCUGCGGGCCAGUCACCCUGUGGACUGUGAGAGCCAGAAAGAGUACACCUUCAUAAUCCAGGCCUACGACUGUGGGGCCGGACCCAGCGGGGCCGACUGGAAAAAAUCCCACAAGGCGGUGGUUCACAUCCAGGUGGAUGACGUCAAUGAGUUCUGCCCCGUGUUUCGGGAGCCGCUUUACAAGGCAUCGGUAACAGAGGGCAAAAUCUACGACAGCAUUUUGCAGGUGGAAGCUUGGGACCAAGACUGUUCACCACAGUACAGCCAGAUCUGCAACUAUGAGAUUGUCACUGCAGGGACGCCAUUUGCCAUAGACCGCAAUGGUAACAUCAGAAACACAGAGCGACUGAGCUAUGACAAGCAGCAGAGCUACAAGAUUAUGGUGACGGCCUUUGACUGUGGUCAGAAGAGAGCAAAGGAAGAUGUGGCUGUGCAUAUUGAUGUCAAGCCUGUCUGCAAACCAGGAUGGCAAGGUUGGAACAAGCGGGUGGACUAUGAGCCAGGGACUGGAAGCAGGCAGCUGUUUCCCAAGAUGCACUUGGAAACGUGUGGCGGUCCCCUGUCUGGCGUGAAGGCGAUGGUAGAGCUACAGACUAAUCACAUCGGGAAGGGCUGUGACCGGGAAACCUACUCUGAGAAAUCUCUGCAGAAACUCUGUGGUGCAGCAUCAGGCAGCACCGACCUCCUUCCUGCUCCCAGCCCUUCCACAAACUGGACAGCGUCUCUGCUGACUGACAGCGGCCGAGACAGUGACCUCAUCUACAGAUUCGACGGACGACAGGCUGCUAAUGUUCCAGAUCACGUGGUGCCCCAGAACCUGACAGACCAGUUCACCAUAGCAACGUGGAUGAAACACGGGCCCAGUCCAGGACUCAGAGCUGAGAAGGAAACCUUACUGUGUAACUCUGACAAGACCGAAAUGAACCGCCACCAUUACUCUCUGUACGUCCACAACUGCCGCCUGGUAUUCCUGCUCAGGAGAGAUUUCACUCAGGUCGACACUUUCAGGCCUGCCGAGUUCCACUGGAAACUGGAGCAGAUCUGUGACAAGGAAUGGCACUAUUAUGUGAUCAACGUGGAAUUUCCUGCAGUGACACUGUUUGUGGAUGGUGUCACCUAUGAACCCUACCUGGUGACGGAUGACUGGCCCAUCCACAGUGCCAAGAUUGAUACGCAGCUGACUGUGGGUGCCUGCUGGCAAGGUGGGGAGGUAGGGACCCCGAGGUUCACACAGUAUUUCCGUGGCAGCCUGUCAGGUCUGACAAUCCGACCAGGCCGCAUUGAAACCCAGAAGGUUAUUUCCUGUUUGCAAGCCUGCAAAGAAGGUCUUGAUAUUAACUCCCUUGAAAGUCUCGCAAAGGACAUCAAGUUUCAUUUUAACCCUGCCCAGUCUGUGCUGGUGGUGGAGGGAGAGGAUCUGGACAGCAUCAACACAGCCAUGACCAAGGUCUCCUACAUUAACUCUCGCCAGUUCCCUACGCCAGGCCUCCGACGGCUACACAUCACCACCUCAGUGCAGUGUUUCGGCGAGGACACGUGUCUCUCCAUCCCAGACAUCAAGUCAGUAGUUAUGGUCCUGCCGCCCAGUGAACCGAGAAUCACCAUUACAGGAUCUAAUCGGCUCGUCAGGCCUGCCAGUGACCUGCGGGGUCCGCUGGGUGUGGCACCCUUCAAAGAGCUUCACAUCACCAGCACAGUAAUGAAGGGAGACGGCUUCGGAGGAUCUCGCAGACCAGGUGUGAUGGAGGUGAUGCAUAACCUGGACUACUGCGAUGUGCUGGUAAUUGGCGACGAACUGAAUCCGGAGAGAGAGAGUCUGGAGAUUCAUCACAGUGUCUUGUUAGGAAAACACCUGGAUGCCACCAACUCCACCUCUGGAAUAUCAAUAUAUGGUGUGGACUCCAUGGCCCACUAUGAGCAAGCAAUGCGACAGGUGCGCUACAGGAACUGGCGACCUGCCACCUUGAGUGAGCGCAAGUUCAGACUCACCUGCUCUGAACUCAACGGGCGUUACACCAGCAAUGAGUUCAACUUGGAGGUCAGUGUUCUUCACCACUCAGCACCUGUGGAACAUGUCAAUCAUAUGGCUGCCCAACCUCAGUACAUGAGACCCGUCCAUCACCCACUCAUGAUACACACUCUCAACACACACAUGUCAGGACCAGCACCUCCAGCAGCCACAGUGGUUAUUGUGGUUUGUAUCGCUGCCCUGGUGGUGAUUGUGGUGAUUGGCGUGUACAGGAUCCACGCCACACAUCAGGAGGGUUCUAGAGACGACGAGGACGAGGUCAAAGACAGCGAAGAAGACUGGGACAACUCUGCACUCACCAUAACUGUCAACCCCAUGGAGAACAUAAGAGGAGCUCAGGCGCAAGAUGAGGAGGUAAAAGAAGAACGUGAGGAGGAGGAAGACGAAGAGGAGGAGGAGGAACAGGUGGGAGGAAUGACAAGUGCCGAGUCAGACAACAGUGAUGAAGACGAAGAGGGUGGAGAAGAUGUAGAGAGAGAAGAGAUUAAAGAGAGGAUGCAGAAGGGAAAACUAGAGUGGGACAGUUCCUCCAUAACAUACUGACCACACAUCCAUGUACCUGCAC